CGAAAAGCCUUAAACGAGUAGAGAGGUUGCUAGUGCUGGUGUGUCUUCAGGGCACGUGGAGUGACUGACGGGCUCAUCCCGCGGGAUUGGGAGACGGCGAGAUGGAUACCCCUCCGCUCUCAGACUCGGAAUCGGAAGAGUCCCUGGUCUCAGACCGGGAGUUGCAGGAUGCGUUUUCCCGCGGACUCCUGAAGCCAGGCCUCAAUGUUGUGCUAGAGAAGCCGAAGAAGGCGGUGAAUGAUGUGAAUGGUCUGAAGCAGUGUUUGGCUGAAUUCAAACGGGAUCUGGAGUGGGUUGAAAGGCUUGAUGUGACCCUGGGUCCAGUGCCAGAUGUCAGUGAAACUCAACCAACACCCCAGAACAAGGACCAGAAGAAAGGUGUUAAUCCAGAAGACGACUUCCAGAGGGAAAUGAGUUUCUACCGCCAAGCCCAGGCCGCGGUGCUGGCCAUGCUACCCCGGCUCCAUCAGCUCCAAGUCCCCACCAAGCGACCCACUGAUUAUUUUGCAGAAAUGGCCAAGUCAGAUCAGCAGAUGCAAAAGAUCCGACAGAAGCUUCAGACUAAACAGGCUGCCAUGGAGAAAUCUGAAAAGGCCAAGCAACUUCGAGCGCUUAGGAAAUACGGAAAGAAGGUGCAGACUGAGGUCCUUCAGAAGAGGCAGCGGGAGAAAGCACAUAUGAUGAAUGCCAUCAAGAAAUACCAGAAAGGCUUCUCUGAUAAACUGGAUUUCCUUGAUGGGGAUCAGAAGCCUGCCGAACGAGGUGCAAAGGCAAGAGCUAAGGGCCAGCAGAUGAGUAAAGGGCCCAGCGCCAAACGACGGUACAAAAACCAGAAGUUUGGUUUUGGUGGAAAGAAGAAAGGCUCCAAGUGGAACACCCGUGAGAGCUACGACGAUGUCUCCAGCUUCCGAGCCAAGGUGGCCCAUGGCAAGGGCCCCAGGAAACCUGGGAAGAAAGGGGCAAAUAAGCGACCAGGAAAACGCACAAGACAGAAAAUGAAGAGUAAAACCCGCUGAACAGCAUUGUUUUUUAUAAAGAACCAAAGAAAAGGGCGAAUGUACAGACUACAGAACACAGAGCUUUUGUCUUUCCUUUUGAAGAAAAAUCUUUUACUAAAUUAAACUUAUGAAGGAUACUCUUGGAUCAAAAGCAAAGACUAAAAGAUUGAGAAGUUUGCAUAUUAAAGAAUAUUGCUGAUUAUU